AUGGCUAUAACGACGCUUGAUCCGAGCGCUAGAAAUGAUGAGGGACACUUGUCCACCGUUAAAAUCGGAUUUAUAAUAGUAAUGUUUGUGGUUUCACUUGCUGCCUUUGUUUCUCAAACUGAGUUCACAGCAGAAGCCUACGACAAAGGAUGGAAGGAACCAAUUGUGCUUUUGUUUGUAACACAUGGUUCAUGGUGGGUAUUCUGGCCAGUUCAGGCAAUUGGCACGGCUAUAAUUAGAACAGGAGCUAGAACUUGGAAAAAACGGAAUCAUUAUCAACCAGUUGACCAACGAAAUAAUGGACUUAUCGAUGAAGGGGUAAUAAUUACUCCCAAGGUAGGUACUUGGGAAUAUUUCCAAAGAAAUUUGAUCAAGCAAAUCCAUAAUGUGUAUCAUACAGCCAUUUUAAUCUAUGAGUCUGAAGUUAAUGACAACAAGCAAACAAACAAUUUACAAGUUUUGAUUGACCAGAAUGUUCAUUUACCUAAUUCUGGAUCUGUUAUAGCAUGUUUCAAAGCACUUUUAGGAACUCCGGUGUUCAAGUAUAUUUAUAUCAAGGCAGUUAUAGUCACUGUGGUGUUAACAGUAGCUGGUUUGACAUGGUACGCAGCAAUAGGUUUGACGUAUGCUUCGAACGUUACUGCCAUCUAUAAUUGCUCUGCAUUUACUGCAUACAUUUUCGCUAUUCCUAUUCUCCGGGAGAAGUUUUCAUGGUUAAAGAUGUUGUCAGUGGUAGUUGCUAUUGCUGGAGUCUUUGUGGUUGCUUAUUCUGGAGAAAAUAAUGGUAAUGAUGAAAGUCAUCCUUAUAAAUUGAUUGGUAAUUUACUCAUAUCUGGAGGAGCUAUAUUGUAUGGUUAUUAUGAAGUUCUCUACAAGAAAUGGCUCUGUGUUCCACCUCAUUUGGCUCCAUUAAUCACUCCAAGAAGACAAAUGACAUUUGCAAAUUUUGUUAUGGGACUUUUGGGCAUAACAACAUCAGUCAUCUUGAUAUCAGUAUUCAUAAUUGGUGAAAUCACGGGUAUUCAUCAUUUCAAUUGGUCCCAUUAUGGUAAGGAAACUGGAACCAUAUGGGCAUACAUUAGUGGGUCCAUUGUAUCUAAUAUGUUAUUCAGUGCUUCUUUUCUCACUCUUAUGGCCUUGACGAGUCCUGUUCUUUCAUCUGUCAGUUCCCUUCUUACCAUAUUCUUAGUUGGUGUUGUAGAGUGGGUGGUAUUUGGUAUACUGUUAACUCCCGCUCAACUUCUGGGUGACAUGUUGGUGGUUGUUGGGUUUGUUAUCUUAACAGUUGCUAGUUGGAAAGAGAUUAGUGAAGGUGCUGAUGAUGAUGAAGUAGAAGCUGUUAGUACAUAUUCCUUUGCUGUAAGUCAGAAUUAG